AUUAUGGAUGUGGGGUGGCCCGAUCUCCAUGCUCCACCUCUGGAUAAAGUGUGCACCAUCUGCAAGACUAUGGAGUCAUGGCUCAACAGUGAUCCUCAGCACGUGGUGGUGAUCCAUUGCAGAGGAGGAAAAGGAAGGAUAGGCGUAGUCAUAUCAUCUUACAUGCACUUCACCAAUGUUUCUGCAAGUGCUGACCAGGCUCUAGACAGAUUUGCUAUGAAGAAAUUCUUUGAUGAUAAAGUUUCAGCUUUAAUGCAGCCAUCCCAAAGAAGAUACGUGCAGUUCCUAAGUGGCCUUCUAUCCGGAUCUAUGAAAAUGAAUGCAAGCCCUCUUUUCCUGCACUAUGUUAUCCUUCAUGGCAUCCCGAGUUUCGAUGCUGGGGGAGCUUGUCGGCCUUUUCUGAAGUUAUACCAGGCUAUGCAACCAGUUUAUACAUCGGGAAUAUAUAGCAUAGGCCCAGAAAAUCAAAGCCGAAUCUGCAUUGCUAUAGACCCUGCCCAGCUUUUGAAGGGAGAUGUUAUGCUGAAGUGUUACCACAAAAAGUACCGGUCAGCUACUCGUGACGUGGUUUUCCGCCUUCAGUUUCACACUGGAGCCGUUCAAGGGCACAAUCUGGUGUUCAGCAAAGAGGAUUUGGACAAUGCCAACACAGAUGACCGUUUCCCUGAUUAUGGCAAGGUGGAAUUAGUGUUUUCGGGAACUCCAGAGAAAAUUAAAGGAUAUGAACACCUUCAGAACGACCAUGGAGUGAUAGUUGAUUACAAUACCUCAGACCCACUGAUACGCUGGGAUUCCUACGAAAAUACCAGCCCUGACGGGGAAGUGCUGCACACCCAAGGUCCCAUUGAUGGCAGUCUGUACGCGAAAGUGAGGAAGAAGAGCUCCUCAGACAGCAGCAUCCCCGGUGUGGCUCAGGGCGCUCCCGUGACGGGCAGCCCUGAUCACAGUGACCAUACUCUCUCUGUCAGCAGUGAUUCGGGACACUCCACAGCUUCCGUCAGGACAGACAAGACUGAGGAGCGCCUCGUGCCAGGAGUCAAACGGGGUCUGAGCCCACAAGAGAAGGCAGAACUGGACCAGCUACUUAGUGGCUUUGGUCUGGAGGAUUCUGUCAGCACCACCAAGGAUAUGACUGAUGCUCGAAGCAAGUACAGUGGAACGCGCCACAUAGUGCCAGCUCAGGUUCACGUGAAUGGGGACACCAAACUGAAGGACAGGGAGACCGAUAUUCUGGAUGAUGAAAUGCCUAAUCAUGACCUUCACAGUGUGGACAGCAUUGGGACUUUGUCUUCCUCAGAAGGGCAGCACUCCACCCACCUGGGGAAUUUCAGCUGCCACAAGAGCAGUCAGAACUCGCUUCUUUCAGAUGGCUUUGGAAGUAACACUGGAGAAGAGCAUCACAAUGCUUUUGCCCCAGACCUGGGAAUUGGUGUGGAUCCCCUCUAUGAGAGAUCAUUUGGAAGCACAGAGCCGAAGUCAACUCAGCAACUACAACGGAAUCCUUCUGUCUCACCCCAGCCCCAAGCCUACGGCCCAAGUAACUACUCUACUCAGACCUGGGUACGCCAGCAGCAGAUGGUCACUGCUCACCAGUAUGGUUUUGCCCCGGAGAAUGAAAUGAGGGUUGGCAUUCAUAACACUAUGGAGAAUUCCGGCAGUGUCCAGAGCCAGUCCCGAGUCCCGGACACCCCGACACGUGGCUCCAGCAGCAGAGAUGCUGUGCAGAGGGGGCUAGGCAGCAUGCCUGGUGCUGCUGAAGCUGCAGAACAUGCCAGUGCCGAGAGUUUUAAGUCAAGGCCAGUGCCUCAGAGGGACACAAAUGGCCUGGAUCUAGGACGGAACGCAGGGGACUUGCCAGCAUCUCCAACUUUGGAUAUUGAUGAGUCUAUUGAACAGCUGAACAGGCUGAUCUUGGAGUUAGACCCUACGUAUGAACCUGCCCCGACCCGCAUUAACACUGUCACCAGGGACAGAAAUCAAGUCAAUGGCUUCAGCAGCCUUGAUGCAGACGUAGAAGGGCUCGGCCGGAGUCUCGGCUUCCAUGACAAGUUGGAGGUCACAAGCAGGAAUCCCUCCCAGCAUG